AUGCUUAAGGCACAAUUGCUUGAUAUUGUUCGUGUCCACAAAGCACAAUAUAUUAAAUAUGUGGUUGAUGAAAUGGCGCGAAACAGUGGGGUUACAAUAUUGCGGUUACCGCCGUAUCAUUGUGAACUUAACCCGAUCGAACUUAUAUGGGCACAAAUAAAAGGCGAAGUGGCCAGCAAGAAUACAACGUUUAAAUUAAAUGACCUUAAAGUGUUAUUAAAUGAAGCUAUCGGUAAUGUAACACCCACCAACUGGCAAAAGUGCAUCGAACAUGUGGUGAAAGAGGAGCAAAAAAUGUGGGAUUUGGAUAAUCACAUUGAAGUUGUUGUGGAACCACUUAUUAUCACUCCUGGCUCUGGAAAUAGUGAUAGCGAUGAUUCUUCUUCAAGUUCUUCUGAUGAAACCUCUGAUAGCAAUUAG